AUGUCGAGCUUCGUGGACUAUUACGAGCUGCUUGGUCUUGGUGAUCGACGAAACGGUGACGACAACGUUGGCACUGACGAGCUAAAACGAGGUUACAAGCGUGCGCUGUUGUCUCAUCAUCCCGACAAGCAAUCCAGGUCAUCCUCGACAUCCUCCAUCACUGUCGAUACGAUCACGAUGGCAUAUCAGACCUUGUCCGACCCGCAAAGACGUGCUGAAUAUGAUCGCCAGCUGCAAAGUCGAAGAGCCAUUGAAUUUGACAAAUCACAUGGCGCCGAGACGUGCACAGGCUUAGAUGUCAUCGACCUUGGCGAUCUCAGUUGCGACGAAGACAGUGGCAACUGGACCAAAGAUUGCCGUUGUGGUAGUCAGCCGGCAUUCGUCCUUACCGAGCUCGAGUUGGAGGCGAAUAGUCAUUUGGGAGAGGUCAUCGUGGGCUGCAAGGGCUGUAGCUUAUGGCUAAAGAUACUUUAUAGCGUCGAAGAAUGA